AUGGGAGAGUGUAAUGCGGUCCAUGUACCAGUGGACCCGGGACUAAAGCUCUCUAGAUCACCCAAAGAGGAAGCAGUCAACCAUAAGGAGUUUCAAAGGAACAUAGGAUGCUUGCAGUAUUUGAUCCAUACUCGGCUGGAUCUCGCCCAAAACAAGAGAUCCUCGCAUUACCUUCGUGUGAAGCGGAGUUCAUGGCAGCUACAGAGACAGCAAAACAAGCUAUCUGGUUGCAAGAUCUACUUAAAGAUAUCACGGAAGGAGAGUCAGAAAAAGGCGGUCAUACGCAUUGAUAAAAAGUCAGCCAUUGCAUUGACUAAAAACCCGGUGUUUCAUGGUCGUAGUAAGCACAUUCGUUCAAGGUUUCAUUUCAUAAGAGAAUGUUUUGAAGAUGGACUAGUAACCUAA